CUGGUGCUGCGAGAGAUUAAAUUCAAUUCCGUGUUGUGUCAAGCGUGUCGUGAGUGCGACCAUGAGCAGCAGCAGCUACUGCAUUAUAGGGGCCGGAAUGGCCGGCAUUGCAGCGGCUCGGCGCGUGCUGGAUCUCGGCGCCCAGGUGACCAUUUUCGAACGGAUGGAGCAAAUCGGAGGCACGUGGGUAUACACGGACGACGUGGGGACCGAUCGAUAUGGGCUUCCGGUCCAUACCAGCAUGUACCGAGGACUGCGAACCAAUCUGCCGAAGGAGGUGAUGGGUUAUCCUGACUUCCCUGUACCGGCCCAAACGGAUUCGUACAUCGUGUCCGACGACAUCUUAUCGUUCUUGAAACUUUAUGCCGACCGUUACGAUGUGAAACGCCACAUACGCUUCAACCAUCACGUAACUCAAGUGUGUCCGACCGAUGACGGCCGUUGGCUGGUCGAAGUGGAAGAUCUGACCCAGAGCAGAUCGAAGUGCACGUACCGUUUUGAUUUCAUCUUCAUUUGCAACGGACACUAUCACACACCGAGCGUUCCAACGAUCAGCGGGCACGAUCGGUUCCGUGGCCAGCAGCUUCACAGUCAUGAUUACCGGUGUGCGGAUCAUUACAAAGACAAAGCGGUACUUGUGAUCGGUGCAGGUCCUUCCGGAAUGGAUAUAGCGCUGGAGUUGGCGAAAAAGGCCAAACGGGUUACCAUCAGCCACCAUAUGGAUCGGUUAACGUUUCCGUUUCCGGACAACCUGACGCAGCAGUCCGACGUGGACGUUCUGACGGAGAACGGUGCCCGCUUCACGGACGGCGACGAAAUACCGUUCGACGUUGUGCUGUACUGUACCGGCUUUCGGUACAGUUUUCCUUUCCUGGCCCCCGACUGUGGCGUCCGUGUUGAGGACAAUCACGUUCAACCGAUCUACAAACACUGCAUCAACAUCAAUCACCCGUCGAUGGCCUUCAUCGGGCUUCCGUUCUAUGUGUGCGCGGCUCAGAUGAUGGACUUGCAAGUGCGCUUCUGUUUGCAGUUCUUCACCGGGAACCGCCAGCUACCGUCGCCCAGCUGUAUGGCGGCCGAUAUGGAGACGGAAAUGGAGGACCGCCGACGGCGGGGCUUGAAGCGGCGCCAUGCGCACAUGAUGGGACCGGAGCAGGGACGGUACUACGAAGAUCUGGCACGGACGGCCGGCAUCGAGCCGAUCGCGCCGGUUAUGACGAAACUACACAACGAAAGCAGCCAACGCUUUGUGGACGAUCUGAUACACUUUCGAGAGGACGUUUUUUCAAUAGUGGAUGACGAAACUUUCGUGGCCUUGUAGAAAGUUUCUUAGAGUGAGUGUUUCCAUCGGAGAAUUUGUUUGGUUCUUUGCGAAAGACAAACACGAAGGUCUGGUCACACCCUGUACUAGGUCUGAUCAACCCGAUCCGACCUAAAAAAGCUUGGGAAAGAAUAGAUAGGCUGUUGUCAAUUGUUUUGAAAUAGAGUGUUGCCGUUUAAGCUAUUUCAACAGUUUCGGAAUGGCAGCAUUUUCUGAAACUCUGAACACUUUCAAAGAUGUUCAGGUUUGGGCAACAUAGCCUGUUUAGUUGGAAAUGCCAAAAACAAGUCGAUCUUGAUCGCAUCUGCUUUAGGAUUUAAUUUCACAAAAAUGCAAAAUCUGUACAAAAAUGUACUCAAACGACCUGUGACGCAUCCAUAUGUGCAACAGAUUAGUAAUUUCAGUUCAAACGUGUCUCUACUGAUGGGUCCCUGGCCUUUCCAAUAUACGGGAGUGUAUUUUACGCAGAAACUGAAAUAAUAAUCCCGAAUGUUUGUUUGCAUAUUGCGUAGAACAGGAUUUCUUAGCUAUGUUUGGUACAGAAAUAAUAACAUAACAUAAUAAAACUAGCGCUGUGAAACUGCAUUGGACCUUUGCUCGUAAAGCAAAAACAUGAACACAUGAGGCUAGUAUGUAAAAACGCAUCGACACAGCUUCCUGUACAACACCAUGACAUGACAUGGAUUCGACGACAUGUGAGCAGACAAUGGACCGUGGCCACUAAUUGAGUUACACUUCCGUGUGGCCUUCGCUUAUAGUGUUGUUUUGAGCCUCCAGUAAAAGUAAACAGGGCGCGUACUGGUCAACAACAAACAAGAACCUCUUGAGUCAUACCAUGGAAAAAUA